AUGCCUGUCGCCGGCUACCCCGGGGUGGGAGAGCGGCUGGAUUCCUCCCCAUCCGCCCUCGAGCAGCGAUACCUCUUUGACAUCUCCAGCCUGCCGGAGGCGGAGGAGGUGACGGGUGCAGAGCUGCGGGUCCUGCGCGCCCUCCCCGAAAACCGGAGCUUGGCCCUGUCCCCCGAAGGCACCUUCCACCACCUCCUCCUCUCCACCUGCCCGAGCUGGGACGGCGAGGAGCCCCGGCUGCUGGACUCCAGGGCUGCAGAUGUUUUGGACGUGGGCUCCUCCAGAUGGGAGGUGUUUGAUGUGUGGGAAGCCCUGCGGGAUUGGAGGGAGAGAUCUCUCUCGGGCAAGCUGCUGUGCUUCUUGCUGAGGAUCGUCUCGGAUCAGUCGGGGCGGCUCCUGCCCCCCCGGCAGCUGGGAUUCGGCAAACCUCGACCGCAGCCCCACGAGCAAGCCCUGCUCGUGGCCUUCUCCCGCACCCAGAGGAAGGAGAACCUCUUCAAGGAGAUCCGGGAUAAGAUCAAGGCCAUGGGCAGUCCCCCCUUCCUGGAACCCCCAGAUCCCGGCCAGGAGGCAUACCCCAAGCGGAGGAAGAGACGGACCACCAUUGCCGCCCGCUCUGGGGGCAGAGGCCAUGGGAAGAAGGCGAAGACCCGCUGCAGCAGGAAGCCCCUGCAUGUGAACUUCAAGGAGCUGGGCUGGGAUGACUGGAUAAUCGCCCCACUGGAUUACGAG